AUGUUGGACAACACGUUGGAAUAUCUCUUCAAGGAGGCGCACUCACACCACAACCGAUCAUGGCGUCAGCAAAUCCGGCACUAUGAAGAGCACAUGGAUCAUUUCGAGACAUCAUCGAAACUCAGAAUUCUUCAAGAGAUCCUUUGCGUGCGUCCACCAGUACCGCCCUUGCCAGAGGAUAUCCUGCAGCAACUUGACGCCAUCUUUGCUCUCCGAAAAUCCCACCAGUUGUUGACAAAGGCUGGGUCCUUGACGCCACUGGCCAUAUCUUCAGAUCAGAACGCUACUCCAAAUGUCAGAAUCAGCCUCUGGAAAGGAGACAUCACCACCCUAGCUGAUGUCACUGCCAUCACCAAUGCUGCCAACGGCCAGAUGUUGGGGUGCUUUCAACCCACUCAUCGCUGCAUCGACAACAUUAUCCACACAUGGGCAGGGCCUCGGCUACGAGUAGAGUGCUUCGAGCUAAUGCAAGCUAGAGACACUGAUCUAAGCCCCGGAGAGUCGCUUGUUUCUCAUGGCUACGGCUUGCCAAGCCCUUUCGUCAUACACACUGUCGGCCCGCAAUUGGUCAAAGGCGCCUCCCCGACAGAUGAGGAAGUGCGGCAACUUUCUGGGUGCUACGAGUCGAUACUUGAUGCUCUAGAAGGGCUGCCUGCUGGUGAAGAUGGGAGGAAAUCAGUUGCCCUCUGCUGUAUUUCCACGGGUCUUUUUGCCUUUCCAGCCCAGCAAGCGGCUGAAAUCGCGGUCGAGACCGUCUUCUCGUGGCUUCAGCAACAUCCUAAAACGACAGUCACAGAUGUCAUUUACAACACGUUUACAGAUUCCGAUACGGAGAUUUAUAGCAACAUCCUUGGGUCGUUGCCAGAGGGAUGGAUUCCGUAUCCGGACAACCAAAUAACUCCUUUGAUCCAGGCGGACUCUCUAAGCAAAGCACGCCAGUGGCUUGACUCUGCAGACGCUGUUCUUGUCUGUGCUGGCGCUGGGUUAUCCGCAAGUGAAGGCUUAGACUACACAUCGACGGCGCUUUUCAAGAAGCAUUUCCCGGGCUUCCUCCAGUACGGCUUGCGGACAUUAUACAGUGUUUUCGGAUUCGAGGGUUGGCCCUCAGAGCAGGAUCGAUGGGGCUACUUCUUUACGCACUUGAACAUGGUCAAGACGUGGCCAAAGUCAUCAACCUACCAAACGCUACUCUCUAGGCUUGCUAAGUUUGGGCCGGAUGCUCAUGUGCGUACUUCAAACGCCGACGGGCUGUUUGUAGCGAACGGUUGGCCUGCGGAGCAGUUGUCGACUCCUCAGGGAUCAUACUCUGUUUUCCAAUGUCUGAAGAACUGCAGACCUGACGCCGUUGUUGAAUCAUGGCCAUUAGUUUCCGAUGCCCAAUCUUCGCUAGACCCAACUACGCAGAAGCUUUCCGACCCCGAAAAGAUUCCGUGGUGCCGGUUUUGCGGAAGUAAGAUGAGCAUCUGCGUACGGGCCGGGUCAUGGUUUAACUCAGAGCCUUUCCGCGAAGCCGAAAAGAGGUGGGUUGAAUGGAGAAGACGAGUCCGACGCGAGGGAAAGAGGGUUGUCAUUUUGGAGCUCGGUGUGGGCAUGAAUACUCCAGGCGUGCUCAGGUGGCCGAACGAAGAUCUCGUCUCGGAAGGGAAUGGAAAUAUCAGGCUGGUCCGCGCUGGCCUGGGGCAAGAGGUGGCUGUGCCGUUCGAUUUGGAGGAGGAUGGGCUGGCGACUAGCAUUGAAGGGGAUUUGAAAAAGAUUGUUCACGAACUUUUGGGCUAG